GAAGUAGAAAGAACGGAAGAAUUUGAAUCAGUGGUCAGGCGAGCGCCGAGAGGAGCACAGAACCUACAUGUUAGUUGAUCUUAGUUUGUCUUUUUAUUUUACCUGGACAAAAGCUGCAGUGUUUGAUAAAGUAGAUCUAAAGGUAUUCAGUUGUUUUUCUUUUAGUAAAGAACUUCUAUAUUUGUAGAAAUUUUCCAGACAUAUUAAGAGGCUCGUAUCGAAAGAGGAACCCGAGGUCAAUACAGCAGACAAAGAAGCGAUGGAUUUACAAAAUACACUGAGAAAUGCACAAACAUACUACUCACUACAUCCUACAGACAAAGCACAUCAGCCCCAUGUUAGCGCAAUAUUCAGCGAGCCAGAAGAUAAACCGAAGAAAAGCGUUCGAGAAUUUCACGUCGUUGAGACAGAGAACCCACAUCAUACGUCUGUAGUUCGUGUUCAGCCACCCACUGAUGAUUCAAACACGUAUUCUGUAAAGACUGAAAGUGGAGUGUAG